AUGCCCACUGUGGAAGAAAUUGACCUGAUCUUUCGUGCCUGGCGGUCGAGCGAGCUUUGCAAGAAAGUGUGGCAAUUGUCAGAAUUUGGCAUCAUUGCCCCAAUCUUUCUCCGCACACGAUACGGCCCGAAGAACGACAAGAUGAUGGAGGAAGGGAUCAGUGCAUUCGAGGAGGUGCGGACAAUGGAUAGGGUUCGGCUCAUGCCCACCGUGACACAGAACUUUACACUCCUGAUCAGACUACGAUCAACAAUUAUCGCAAACUCAUAUUUGGUAUCGCGCCGCGGCCGAUCAACUUUAUCAGCACUGUUGACUCCAAAUGCUAGAAGAAUCUUUCACCCGUGA